AUGGCCGAUCGUGCGGGCGAGGAUGGCGCUGUCAAUGACCUGACGCCGGAAGAGGUCAGCCGCAUCAUCCAUUCCCAUCGCAAGGUGCGCUACGGAACCGCCUGCUGGCCGUGCCGUCAGCGCAAACUUUGCUCAUAUAAGCCAAAUCGCACAUCGGCGUCAACAAAACCUAGCAAUCCUUCAGCGGCAACUACCAGCCGAAAGCGACAGCACUCCGAACCAAAGGAGCAGGAGCCAGAAACAUCUCGCAAGUCGGAUCGUCAAGAGAGCUGGCCGAGAGCCAUUGGAGCUCUUGAUGAAGCAGAGCCUGUCGGCGAUCGCUACGUCGGCCAGAACAGCAUUCCUGCGCUGUUGCGCGAGCAGUCUACAUCCAGCGACAAGAAUGACAGCGUCGACAUUCGAAGAGACAUGAGGUCCAUACUUGGUCUAGAUAAUUCCGCGCCCUUUCCGCUCAUGUCGCAGCAUCAUUUGCAUCGUAUAGCAGAGGACAUCUCGAAUGAGCUGCCGUCGGAUCGAGAGGUCAUGAAACUGUUUCGAUCAUAUAAAGAAAUUCCACAGCCGUUUUGGGGAUUCGUGGUCGACAUUGACGAUUUCGAAUCGAAACUCAUGGUAUAUUUAGAAGAUCGCUCCCGCAAUGCGUCAACGACGAACAAGUCUUCUCGACCUGUAUCUCCCUCUUGGCUAGCCAUUCUGUUUGCAGUUCUGGCAGUAGGCUCUCAGUAUCACGAGUCGCCAUACCAUAUCCGCACUCGUGAUUCCCAAAAGUAUCUCCAAAUAUCCUUCCACUUCCUCCGUCUUGCAAAUUUUCUACUCCGCGCUGAUACGAAAGACAGACCGUCGUUCGAUUCUAUCCAAGCCCUACUCCUGAUGGGCUUCACACUUCUCAAUGACAUGAAGGCCGAAGCUUCUUGGGCGCUUACUGGUCUCACUUGUCGACUGGCACAAUCAUUGGGGCUUCACCGACCGAACGCCCCAGACACCAACGAAAACGGCGAACCGAAUAUUAAGGAGAUGACACGAAGAAAACUGUGGUGGAAGUGCGUAUGGCAUGACACACUCACGUCACUUUCUUUCGACAGAUCACCCAUGACAAACUUUCCCAGUUGCUCAAUUCCCGUCAACCUACAAUCGUCAGGCGGCGAGUACGCAUAUCUCGAAAUGAUGUAUCAUCUCAUCGAGAUUAUAUCACGGCGCCUGAAUCCAGAUUCCAUGGCUACGCCGUCAUACGCCGAAAUAGUGGACAACUGCGACGCAGUAGAAGCCUUGCGCAAUCGAGCCAGUGCGCAUAUGAAGGACAAGGACAAGUGCAAGACGGCGUUGGAUCGUCUGCAGUAUUUUGCCAUUCGACUGCACACAUCUUUUGUCAUUUCAGUCGCCUGCAGACCGGCACUUCGAAGAAACUGCGAUCUGGACCCGGAACAAAAGAAGACACUAGCGGCAAGAUGCGUAGUCAACCUCACCGAGACAGUAAAGAUGUUUCUGGCUAUGCAUCAGCUGUCCGUUAUUCCGACGCGCAGCUGGGCUUUUACGUACCAUGGCCUUUCGUCUGCACUCCUACUUGGCAUCUUGUGUGACACGCGGGCUGACCCCGAGGUGCGACAGCUGCAAGGGGACCUCAUUGCGGCUCUGUCGGCCACUGCAGCCAAAGAUGUCAGCUCCCCGGAGCCGCAUGUCGUUCGGACCGACAAGGAUAUUGAGCUAUCUGGCCCGCUGUGGCGUGCGCUCACGGCGCUGAAGAGCAUCUACGAUCACGGUUCCAUCACGAAUAGUUUCAAGCGCGAGGGUGGCUCGUCUACGGGCGGCAGCGGCACUCGCACGCCGCUGAUGCAGCUACCUCCUGGUCUACAAGGCAUGCCUCUAUACCAGCAGUACCGCGCCAUUCCGCCUGGUUCAGAUCCGCGCGAGGACGCGGCUCUUGCAAUGGCGGAGAUGCAAAACGGCGCAUCGCUUCAGGACUUUCAAAAUGCUCUAGCUGCACCGCAGCAGGUACCGAUGCCUGUUGGCUUUGACGGGCUCAACACAGAGGGCCCGCAGUUGAUGGCGCCUAUGGAUUUAUAUGAAUCGAUCUGGGGAGAAUCACCCGAUCCUUGGAAUCCAGGCGCCGAGCCCAUGAACUUUGACUUUUUGGCGCAGCCUCCUCCAGGACAGCCGCACCAUCAAUUGUAUUUCUAA